AUGGCCAGCUGUUGCCCUUUCAGCUCUCUGUAUGAGGAUGCCCAUGCCGGAAAAGGCCCUGGUAUGAGGUCCCUUUGUGACAAGACGAGAGGUUACCCUCCUCUCCUCGUAGAACCUCUGCAUCGGCUCCACCAAAUAGAGGCAAGACAAAGGAAAAAGAGAGUUACCUGCCGUUCUUCCAUUGUAAAUGUUUGGUGCAAUCCCAAAGAUGUUAUUUUCACCACUAACUUGUUGAAUCCACAGCAAUAUGCUGCUAUCGAAGCUGAUGGGUUUGGUCAUUUGCUGAGAAUGAAGAUCGAUGCUGUAGAGAACAAGAAUCUGCUAACCUGGCUAUUGGACCACACUGACCCCGAUCGUAUGCUAAUUAGGAUUGGUGCAGGCAAGGUCCUUCCGAUCACCCCACAAAUAAUUAGCAUGGUUCUUGGUUUGCCUAUAGGUGGUGAAAACUUCGAGCAAUACUCAUGGAAGGAAGAUAGCUGUUCGCAGCUGGCACGCCUCACCUUUUAUGAUAAUGCUUUGAUAGAUCGCUUAACUGCUGCUGAUACAACUAUAACCACUGAUGGUGCACAUACUUUUGGUGUCGAACCUUUCAAGCCAUGGAGUACCACCUGCUAUGCUGCUGCAGAUGUCCGUGGUGCUCCCUAUCAUAACAUAAAUGUUCCUGCAGCAGGAAUACCCAAUUUAGACAUCCCACGCCUCCAGGAUUUUUUAUCUGAGCCGAUAGAUGAUUUGACUGGCCCGCAUAGAGAGAGAGUACGGGGUUUCUUUUUUGAGUUUGAUCACACACUCUCUCAGAACAAAAGGUCCAUUGAGAAUUCUAUUGCAAACAUUGUGAGAGCCCAGUUUCUAGAUGAUCUGCCUAUGUUCAAGUUUCCUGGAAAGAGACUAACCAAGAAGCCAUCCAAGUUUUAUUCACCCUUCAAGCAUGGCAUUCUGUCUCGUCCUCCACCCAAUUUAUAG